CGACUCCCGGUUUCCUGUCCUUCUCCCCUCCCAGCUCCUGGCUCCUGCGGUAGCGGCAAGAUGGCGGACCAUGGCGGCUCGGGUGAAGCCGCGGCUGCUGGAGCCGCUGCUGCACCUGUCCCCGGCCUAAAUCCGACGCUGGGCUGGAGGGAGCGACUGCGAGCCGGGCUGGCGGGGACUGGGGCCUCGUUGUGGUUCGUGGCGGGGCUGGGGCUGCUUUACGCUCUGAGGAUCCCUUUGAGGCUGUGUGAGAAUUUGGCAGCAGUGACUGUAUUUUUAAAUUCAUAACCCAAAUUCUAUGUGGCACUUACAGGGACAUCUUCAUUGAUAUCAGGACUAACAUUUAUACUUGAAUGGUGGUACUUCCAUAAGCAUGGCAUCUUUAUUGAGCAAGUAUCUGUAAGCCAUUUGCAACCACUGAUGGGAGGAACAGAGAGCAGCAUUUCAGAACCAGGUUCUCCUUCGAGGAACAGAGAAAGUGAAACCAGCAGACAGAAUUUGUCAGAAUGUAAGGUAUGGAGAAACCCUCUAAAUCUUUUCAGAGGAGCAGAAUAUAGGAGAUACACUUGGGUGACUGGUAAAGAGCCACUUACAUACUAUGACAUGAACCUGUCAGCUCAGGAGCAUCAGACCUUUUUCACCUGUGACACAGAUUUUUUACGUCCUUCAGACACAGUUAUGCAGAAGGCCUGGAGGGAAAGAAAUCCUCCAGCUCGAAUCAAAGCAGCCUAUCAAGCUUUAGAAUUGAACAAUGACUGUGCCACUGCAUACGUUCUACUGGCUGAGGAAGAAGCAACAACUAUUGUAGAUGCUGAAAAAUUGUUUAAACAGGCACUCAAGGCAGGAGAAACAAUUUAUAGGCAGUCACAGCAGUGCCAGCACCAAAGUCCUCAGCAUGAAGCUCAACUGAGGAGAGAUACCAAUGUACUGGUAUAUAUUAAAAGAAGAUUGGCAAUGUGUGCAAGAAAGUUAGGAAGAAUAAGAGAAGCAGUAAAAAUAAUGAGAGAUUUGAUGAAAGAAUUUCCUCCUCUUACCAUGUUGAACAUCCAUGAAAAUCUCUUAGAAUCACUUUUAGAAUUACAGGCCUAUGCAGAUGUUCAGGCAGUCCUAGCAAAAUAUGAUGAUAUAAGCCUUCCAAAGUCAGCAGCAAUCUGUUACACAGCAGCACUGUUGAAGACAAGGACUGUUUCAGAAAAAUUCUCUCUAGAAACAGCCUCCAGAAGAGGAUUAAGCACAGCAGAAAUUAAUGCCGUGGAAGCAAUUCAUAGAGCUGUGGAAUUUAAUCCUCAUGUUCCAAAAUAUUUAUUAGAGAUGAAAAGUUUAAUUUUACCUCCAGAACACAUUCUGAAACGGGGUGAUAGUGAAGCAAUUGCCUAUGCUUUCUUUCAUCUUCAGCACUGGAAACGAAUAGAAGGUGCUCUUAAUCUGUUACAGUGUACAUGGGAAGGCACUUUUAGAAUGAUUCCACACCGGUUAGAGAAAGGACAUCUAUUUUACCCUUAUCCCAGCUGCACAGAGAUGGCUGAUAGAGAGCUAUUACCUACCUUUCAUCAUGUUUCUGUUUACCCAAAGAAGGAGCUUCCUUUGUUCAUCCAUUUCACAGCAGGAUUUUGCUCUUCUACAGCAAUGAUAGCCAUUCUCACACACCAGUUUCCUGAAAUCAUGGGUAUUUUUGCUAAAGCUAUGCUGGGACUCUGGCGCCCCCAACCCUGGGCAUCCUCAGGCUUUGAGGAGAAUACACAAGAUUUGAAGUCAGAAGACCUAGGUUUGAGUUCUGGCUGAGCCACGCAGUUCAUUUGACCUUGGACCAAUCACCAAAUUCUUCUGAACAGCAUCUGUAAAGUGACAGUAACCCCUACCUCACAGGGUUGUUGUGAGGAUUACGUAUAUGCUAAAGCAUUCUGUAUAUGGAAAAGCUUCUUAUGAACAUUAUUGUUAUUCCUGGGGAAACCCCAGCUUGGAAGCUGUCAAAAAGGACAACUGUAGAUGAAAUUGUCUUCCUUUUUUCUUCAUUCAGCUUAGCCUUUCUGUUUGGCCAGGGCUGCUUACAGGAGCUGUUGGGGUUGAAGUCAAGUCACCACAUUUUGGCUCCUUUGGUCAAAGAGAAAGAACUCUAAUGUCCAGCUGCUCCAUCCAUAUACCCAUAGAAUGGAAGUGAGUAAAGGAAAAUUUUAAGCCAGGAUAGGUAACAGUUAGGGGGCCAAUGGGAGAAUGCUUGCCUUGCAUUUGCAAAUCCAGAAUGACUAAAACAUCUUAAGUAAAUGAGGAAUAGCCACAAAGAUGCUCAGAGAUAAUAUAAGCCAUGAGUGGGAAGUGGGAAAAUGAGUUUGUAAACUCCUCUCUUUUCUAUCCCUUUACCUUUGAGGUCAGGGACAGGCAUACAGCCCACUGGCUAUUGCCCUAUACCUGCCAAUCACCCAAAGAAAAUAAUAGCUUCUGAGAAAGCUCAUUUCACUGUAGCAACCGUGAUAUAUUUACCCUAAUAAAGCCACAACUUGGUCUUUUCCAGUGCUUCUGUCUUACGGAGGUCAUCCCUGGAAUCCAAAGCUAUCCAGUUUUCUAACCCAGUUAAGAGUUUAAAACAACCACAGGUCGUCAUAAGCAGUAGGCUUGGCAGUUGUACCUCAUGCAGUCAUAGGAGACUGUCCCAUCAUUCUCAGCACAUUGGGUGCACAUCUCACUGUCUCCAGCAUGAACCAGCCUUGUGAAUGUGUACAGUCUCAGCCACUCUGCUUUGGUGGUAAUUCUUCACCACUGAUCUCUCCUCACCAUACCCUUUCUGCAUCCUUCCCCCAACCACCCACCAGAGGAGUUCUGGUCCCCAAACCAGAGUUGCCUGCAGGUUGGUAAUGUAACUUUGUAGAUAUUCCUUGAUUACAGCUAGACCCUAUUGGUAUCCUUUUUGAAUUACUGGAUCGAAAUCUAAUUGCUUUUUUUUUUUUAAUUGUUGGGGAGAGGAGGAUGAGCAGAACUCCUAUGCAGCCUGAGAGAAGUUCUGUAUGUGUCUAUAUAUGUACACGUGUGUGUGUGUGUGUGUGUAACCUCAUGGUUGUGCUCAGGCUGACAGGGAGGGCAAAGAGUGAAAAGGAACCAUCUCUUUCUUGUUUUCCAACAUUGCUUCAAAGAUGCCCAACCCCCGUAGUAGCAGGCAGUUCCCAAGUGGAGGGUCGGGGCAGAGGCCUCCACCAAGGCCAUCAAUAACCAGGUGUGAGCUACAGGUCUCUGUGUAAUGUGAAGCUUUCCCGUAUUUCAUUUCUGCACCCAGGGGGCGGCUCUGCAGGAUUGCUUACGGAGAGCUCUGUGUCUGGCACCUCUCUCCACAAGGCCCAGGCGCCCAGGGUCCCACCGACCUGCCCAGGAAUGCAUCACAUUGUUCUCUGGUGCUGUAAUUUGGCUGCAGGAGCUAGGCUGAAUGCCUCCCAGGGAUGAGAAACAUACUCUCCCUGGCGUCCUCCCUUCGCCCCAGCUAGCUUGAGCUUCUGCCCUAUGACCACUGAGUGCAUUUAAAUAAAAACCUCAGAAAGACUGAGGAAAAAAAAUCCUAAUUAUCUCUCUUCUAUUAAGCCAUGUAGAGACUCGUGUCCUGAGUGGGUCUGAGAAUUUGGCAAAGACUUAGUGGUUGGUGUUCUUGAUAAGGGAAGUGAGAGAAAGGAGAAGAAAUUACUCCCUGCAACAGGAAGGAAUAGAAAUGAAGCAGUGAGUGUUCAGAAGUUAGAUCUACAAGAAGUUUUGCAGACAGACCCUCAGGGCCAGGCAAUGUUUGUUUUUGUUUUUGUUUUUUUUUUUAAUCUGAAGCCCUUGAUUUUAUUUUUACAGCAUCACUCUAAGGAAGAGUGUGGAUUACUGCCAUUAUUCAGGGCUGGUAAUAAUAAAAGUUAGCUUUUAUCUGCAGGGCUAGGUUAAGGCUGGCAUUCUUACUUUUACAUAAAAAAACUGGCUACAGACUGUGCAGCUGAGGUACUUCAGUCAUGUGCCUUCUCUAAAGGAUUCUUAGAUCCUUAAAAUAUAUAGUAUCUUUUAAGUUUGUAUCUAAAUAGCACUUACUGUUAUGUAUUACACCUAAACGUUUAUUAAAAGUUAGAAGAAAUGAGUACCAACAGGAAGGAAUGGAAGAGAGGAGACGGGCUAAGACAUUGCUGAUCUGAGGGACAGACCUCUAUCAAAUAGAGGGCUGGGAGAAGUGGUGAUUAGAAGCAGUGAGGGAACUAAAUGGAGCCCUGACUGCACCAAAUAAAGUUCUCAUUUUGCUGCUUGUUCCAAAUAAAUUAGUGUCUGUUUGUGUAAUGCCAGACUAAAUGCCAGUUGUCUAAAGCCAAUCAGAAUGCAGAAGCAAGCUAAGAACUAAGAGGAAAAAUUAAUUGCUUUGCCAUCAUUCCUUUUUGGGGCCACAUAACCUCUGUAGUGGGGCUCAAGUGGACACCAUUUCUCUCAUCCACCUCGCUUUUCAAACUUCUCACUCUCUGGACAGCUUGCUCUUUUCUUAACCAUUUAUAGGAAAUUGCAAAACUUGCAUCUUUAUGAGCUAGAAUUUGGAGCCCAAGGAAAAGCACAGAGUAGCAUGAGAUGCCAGAAGAGGCCCAUUUCCUUCCACAGGAAUGAGAACCAAAAACCAAAAAAUAGAUAAUAGGGCAUAGGUAGAUUUAAGUCAGGUUGACUUCCCAUGGAAGGCCUAUGUCAUUGUUUAUGUGGUAACCUGCAUGUUCUUGUGAGAACAGGGGCUGGCUAGGACCUGAGUCUUUCCCCCGCAGCUUGGCAUAUAAUAUAAGGCAGCCUCCUCUGGUAAAUUCAUUCAGCCCUAUUGUUGAGUUCAGACUAACCAUGACCCCCUUACCUCUCCACUACCCCAAAGCUUUCCUCAAGAUGUCAGCUCUUCUCUUCCCCUCCCAUUUCCCCCUCCUUAAUCCCACCAUUGGCUCAUCAGUUAUCCAGUUGACUCCACUCUGAAGGAAGACAUUCUCUUGGCCUGACUCACUCAGGCCCAUUUCUCCACAGGCAUCCCCUUACCGCAGACCACAAGGGCCCUAACUAGCUCAUGUUUUGUGUUAAUGGAUGUGAAACCGGAGCAAAUCCCCUCACCAAAAGAAAAACCACCCUAAACUCUCCCACACAGGUCUCAGCAGGUUACACAAAUAUUAGUCCUAUCAUCCAAAUAAAUCUGCCCCCGUGGCCCAGAGCUAUGGCUCCCCCAGCCUCCUGCUGCCUGUGCAGAGUAAAGCUGCUUCAAAAACAUAUGAGGACCCCAAGGGAUGUUGGAGAGGAACUUGGGAAAGACAGGGGCCUAUAUCCAGAAUUCUUUAUGCAGGCCUCUUAAUCUACAGACUUUUAUUAAUACUUUAUAGUCCUAAAGAAGGACUGUUCCUAGAGAAGUCAUGAUGGGCUAGACCAGCCAGGAGCUUUGGUGAAGAGGAUCUGUGGGCUGGAGUUUGGGGCAUAAUUAAAACUCAGUAUCUGACAGCUGGGCACAGUGGCUUGCGCUUAUAUGCCCAGCACUUUGGAAGGCUGCAGUGGGAGGAUUGCUUGAGACCAAGAAUUCAAGACCAGCCUGGGCAAAAUAGCUCCAUCUCUGAUAACUGUGUUUAAAUUAGCUGGGCAUGAUGGCAUGUCCCUGUAGACCCAGCUAAUGGGGAGGCUGAGGUGAGAGGAUUGCUUGAGUUUGGGAAUUUGAGGCUGUAGUGAGCCAUGAUCAUGCUAGUGCACUCCAGCCUGGGCAACAAAGCGAGACCCUAUCUCUAAAAGAAAAAAAGAAAGAAAGAAAUAAAAAGAAAAAAAAGAACAGGUACGUAUCCUCAUUUUACAGAUGGGAAAAUAGAAGCUCAGAAAACUUAGCUACCUUGCUCAAAAUAUCAAAAGCAAGUGGCACAGCUGUGAUUUUUAACCCAGGUCUGUCAUAACUGCAAAUUUCUAUACCACUCUGCUGCUUUAAGAUAUCAACAGGCAAAAAAUAACCACUGCCCAAAUCACAUAAAAAUAGGACAUCAAGGUUUUGGGGACUUCAUGUCCUACCCCCCAGCUUACUAAGCCUGCUAUCUCUGGAGAUUCCACUAUUGCAAACCUAGUUAGGCAAUGGGUAAUAGCAUAGAAGAAACCCUCCUCUAUUUAAGCCGAAUGUGGACUGAACAAUAAUAAUCACCAGGACUUGGAGAGUCACUAAAUAAAGAUUUGUUGAGUAAAUGGAGGAAGGCUGCCUUCUGUGUAUCAUUUUGGCCCCCACCCGUAGCACUCCUUCCCACUGUAGCCACUGACUCCUGCUCCCAGCUUCAAAGGCUAGGAUCCUCUCAUAAAGAAUUACCAAAGCCAGAGAUCCCUACCUUCCUAAUAUGUACUUAUGCCUCAUGUGGGCCCUUGAGAUCAGACCUGCUUUCCUGCUCUCCCACCAUCCAUGAGUUGCCUAUCUUUUACUCCGUGUUUCCUGGCUAACCUACAGAUCUGGCUAACCUACAGAGUAAUGCAUGAAAAAAAAAAAAAAAAAAAAAAAAAAAA